GUAACUAUAUAUUGCCAGAUCGUUGCUGGAUCAACUGGGAGUUUUACGAGCUACUUACAUUUAUAAAGCAUUUAAAUGUUAUCGAUGCUUAGCAGGGCAUCGUUGGCAUUUUUCCAUCUCUACUGAUUAGUGUGACCGUCGCACAUCACAAUGGUAUAUUGAUACCGAUCACGUAACGAAUGACCUAAACCAAUAAAAAAGAACAGUACCUUAGACUAAAACCACGUAAUCCAGUGUUAGGAACAGUUUAUAGUCGAUCCACUAUGUAAAUAAUAAACGCUUUCUGUAAUGUAAAUGUAACAGAAACACUUUUUUAAACCGCUAUCAAUAUCUUUAAAUAAACAAAUUAAUGCCAUGUAUUAAAAUAUUACACAACGAAUAUCAAAAAAGCAACUAGUAUGGACUUGCAGAGAGGCGUUUAAAUACAUUUUGAGGUGUUGUAGAAAUGGUCAUAUGAAAAUUCCUCGCAACAAAAGUAAUAAACCUUUUAGUUUGAGCAAAAAAUUCUUUUAUUUAAAGGAUCUUGUUAAAAAAAUAGCGAAUAAAUUUUACGGAUAAUCAUAACAAUACUAUUGCUAAAGUGAGUGUGGAGGGUGUGAAGAAAACGAUUAAUAAGGAUCUAUAAAGAAUGUGGCUGGAAAAAUAUUUGGUUUGUGCGCUGAUAUGCGUUGCAAUUCCUACAGCGACUUCAAAACCUUUCAGGGGUACUCCCGUAGUUAUUCCCUUCUUGGGCGAUGCUAUGGUAGACUUUUUAGACAGCACUUGCGAUCGGUUGUCUCCUCCAAGGAUCGAUUAUGGUCAGGCCACCGUCGAGAGGCAUUGGAGUGGAGGAAAAGUCUUUCUGGUGGCCAUCUUCAACUGCAGUGACAACUACGAAUUUGACUUUUCCGGAAACAGUAUGAUGUUCUGCUCAAAAUAUAAAUGGAUGGGAAACCAACCCCAUUGUAUUCCUCGGAUGGAUUACACCGAAGAUUAUACAGAAUGGGAUGAAGACACCUACACCUAUGAAGCCAGAACGCAGCCAGGCGUAACUAAAGACUGUGGGGAUCAUAAUGGCGGUUGUGCCCAUGAAUGUAACAAAUCCACCAACAAAUGCGAGUGCUGGAAGGGUUACUAUCUGAAUCCCAGCGAUCUCAGCAGCUGUAAAGAUAUCGACGAAUGCCAGGAUUCAAAUGGUGGUUGUGCGCAAGUGUGCAACAACCUGCCGGGAGAAUUCGUGUGCACCUGUGAAACUGGUUAUCGAAUAGAUGAUUCUAAUGACAAAACCUGUGUUGACAUUAAUGAAUGUGAAGAUUCCGCUUUGUCUUGGGACUGUGAAGGUGGCUGCGAGAACCUUAUUGGUUCUUAUCGCUGCCUUCCGUCAACGGACGGCAUACUCGAAGACACAGAUGAUUCAACUCAGAACGACUACGGUGUUUUCCCAGGCACAAUAAAAUGCAAGCCAGGCUUUCAGCUAUCCGCCGAUGGAAGCGAGUGUCAGGACAUCAACGAAUGUGCUUUGGAGGAUGAGGACCCACAAACCGGGCGUAUAAUCCAUCGCUUCUGUGAGUACAAGUGUGAGAAUACAAAAGGAUCCUUCCGGUGCCACUGCCCUGAGGGUUAUAAUCUCCUCGAGGAUAAGCAGAGUUGUACCUUGAGUGGCUUACAUCCUCCCGCACCUUCAACCAUAAAAGAAGAUGAUGCAAAAACAUUGCCAGCCAAAUCUACUAAUGCCUCCCUCGUUAAUGUUACAAGAUGCACCUACCAGAUAAUGUAUCUCUCAAAUGGAAAUUUCAAAUGUAAUUGUCCGGGUUACAAACUAUCCGAUGAUCAGCAUUCCUGCCUGAUGGACAAAUCCUUCUGCUCCACGGGAAAGGGGCAUGAGAGGUGCUCGCCAGGAACAUGUCUACUCCGUGAGGAUGAGACUGACUUCACCUGUAAGUGCCCAUUGGGUUUUCGCAGCGAAGGUCUCAGUUGCCAGGACGUUAACGAGUGCACGGAUGGAACACACUUGUGCAGUCACGAAUGCCAGAAUACCCAUGGUAGCUAUCAAUGCUCGUGCCCACAAGGUCUUACGCUUAGUAACAAUUUCACCUGUACGGAUCCCUGUGAGCCCAAUAGCAACGGUUGCGAUCACAUGUGCUUGGCUGACAAGGGCGGUGAGUGUUCCUGUCGCGAAGGAUAUCGCUUAAAGUCCGAUGGCAAAAGUUGCGAGGAUGUGGACGAGUGUCUGGAGCACAACGGGGGCUGUGAUCAGAAGUGCCGCAAUCUGCAAGGUACCCAUGCGUGCUCCUGCGACAGGGGUUAUGAGUUGACUAAGGACAAAAGGACUUGCCAGAAAACUAAUUUGCAACCUAGAGACAACUGUCGCCAACUCCAGAAACCUCGCAACGGCAAUGUUAGUUGUAUGAGACAUAUUGAAAAGCAGUUCUUUAAAUGGAACUGUGCUAUUACCUGCAAUGUUGGCUAUGUCCUCCAGGGAUCGAGGCACAGGACCUGUAAUUACUCCGGAAAGUGGGAUGGUUCAGAAACCAAAUGCGUGGAAAAGCGUGUUCUUCAGACAAGCGGGCCGAGGACAGAACUCUGUCCUGCUCUGAAACCUGCUCAUAAUGGAGUUAUAUCUCCGGAAAUCUGCACCCAAGGGCCAUCCAAGAAUGGAGUCAAUUGCCAAUUGAAGUGUGAUUCCGGCUUUGUGCCUAUCGGACAUUUACAAACAACCUGCGUGCUUGGUUUAGGGUGGACCAUCAAAUCCGAGCUUCAAUGCACACCAGAAUGGCAAUCCCCGGAGCAAACCAAUGCAUUCGGCUUUUUAAAAUCAUUACUAAUUGCUCCUAGAAAUAGCACUAGAAAUCAAAUUGUGAGCCCAACUACUGAGUCACCACACGGUUCCGACAAAUUCAACACUCGAGCUAAUAUCCGUUCGAAUCCGUUAAAUUCUGUCCAACAAAUAUAUCCCAGUCGCCUGAUUCCCUCAUUAACUGAGCCACCAUAUGACUCCAGAUCAAAACCUGCAAGACCCAAUCGUCCACCUGUCCAGUCAGCGAUUACAUUUGACCAUAAAUCCGAAACCAGGUCUAAGCCAGCCCAGCUUACGGUCAUCGAUGGUUCAGAGUACUAUAUCGUCUGUCCGGAUCGGGGAACCAUCCGUGUGUCUGCUGAGAAUUCCGUCAACCUACCCCAGGGAUGCAGUCGGCAGAAAGUCCUUCCAUCGAAUAAUUUGAGUCGCCGCAUGCGUUCAUCGCAUCGUCAUCGAAACACGAAUUCUUAGUUUGUGCAUUAUCUUUAUGCACAUCCACUCCCAAGCAAUUGCGACAGACACCAUUCUCAACUAUUCAUAAAACGAAUAAAAAACCUUAUGCGAAUUUAAGAAUACUUUAAGAAUACAUACAUAUUCUACAGGAUUACCUCAAAGUAAACUAAGGCAACAAGUAGAAAAAAAAAAUUUUAAAUAAAAAUAAACAUACAAAA